AGUGAUGUACCACCCACAUGUGCAGUAUGCAUAGAUCAUACAUAAUCUUUGGCACUGUAACACCAUUCAAUACACAAAUUCCUCCACGUAUAUCUUACCAAACCAUCAGAGUAUUCCACACACAGCUCUAGCAGGGACGAGUACUAGAAAGUGGGAGGAAGAGUAAGAGGAAGAGGAGGAAAGAUCUCGAGUUUAAUUUCUUCAGAAGAAAUCCAUGGAGCUGUUCUCGGCGCAGCCGGAGCUGUCGCUGCAAAUCAGCCCGCCAAGCGGCUCUACACCAUCGACAUGGAGGCCGAAGCCAGGCCCAGGCGAGGAGAGCAUUGAGAUAGGCUUCUGGAGGAACCCGGCGGUCGACAGAAACAUCAAGAGCUCCUACUCCAGCGAGCCGGCUGCUUUUGAUCUCUCCUUGGCAGGCCCGCAGCAGCAUCAUCGCCGCCAGUGCCACCACCAGGUUCCAUCGGAGCCAGGACUCCACGGCAUCAGCUUGCUGAAGCCCAUAAAGGGAAUACCGGUCUACAACCGCUCGCUGCAUGAUCUGUGCGACUCCUCUUCCACCUCCAACGCUUCUUCUCUCUUUGCUCCGACCCACUUGGGGCUGCUGCCGAGGUCGUCGCCGUCGUCGAGAUGCUACUUGCCGUCGAGAUUCUUCCUCGGAAAACGGGGGAUGAGGGCGCCGAGAAUGCGCUGGACCGCCACGCUCCACACCCGCUUCGUCCAUGCCGUGGAGCUUCUGGGAGGCCAUGAAAGAGCCACACCCAAGUCGGUUCUCGAGCUCAUGGAUGUCAAAGAUCUCACCUUGUCCCAUGUCAAAUCUCACUUGCAGAUGUAUCGGACUGUGAAAAAUACCGACCACAGGGCAGCACUCUCUUCAGGUCAACUUGAUGGGAUUGAGAACGGGUUAGCCAGGGAGGUCUCUGAUGACAACUCCCCUGAGAGCCCAAACCUGCGUACAUUGGGAUCAUAUCACAGAAGGGAAGUCUGCUUCACUGGUGAACUCGCCACAAGGAAUGCUGCUGAAUCAGUUGAGGAGGACAUGCAAGCAAACAUGUUUUCAGAGUUGAGUCCAAGCAAACUCAAUCUCGAGUUCACGUUGGGUAGGCCACAGUGACUUACAAUACACAAGAAGGAUCCACUGGCAAAUAAAUGAUUCAAAAGAUUUUCAAAAGUGAAAGAGACAAGAAGACAAUUGAGGCAAACAAAGAAUGAAAGGAAAAGGUAGAAGAAGGAAGGAAGGGAGGUUUGAUUGAAGGAAUAUUGGAAAAGCUAUUUAACUAAUCAACAGAUAUGCUCUACUACAUAUUAGAUAUGGCUAGCUCUAAGUGAGUGUAAAGAUUUGUUUGCCAGGACUUUGUGUUUAAUUUUCUUUCAUAAAAGUGAAAAAUUAUAACAUGAGAUGCUUUGCUUCCUCUCCUGAUCAAUGGAUGAGCAUGUGAUGUGCCUUUCUUUGUACUCUCCCAAUAACGCCAAAGUACAGUCAUGAGUCUAAGCAUGAGAAUUGUACAAAGCAAAAAAUGCCUCAUAUUGCUGUAGAAAUAAGUAUAAUGAAAA